GUUCGACACGUUUAAUACGGCGGCUUCUGGUUUUGAAGCGCUAUGUGGUGAUAUCUUUGCAUGUUUCGUGCUAGUCCUGUGCACUUUUUAAAUUAUUGGUAUAUUAAUAUAAUUAAAUCAUAUUAUUAGAUUUAUCUGCAUGAACUAAAGUAUCAAAGAUGGGAUUGUGUUUUAUUUUUACUUUCCUUUUUCUUCUGUUGGGAUCUGAAGCUCAAGAUGAAAGCCAAGCUCGUCUUUUAGUACAUAAAAGGUUCCUCAAUAAAUAUUUAGUGGAAGGGCGAGAUCUGGUGUCAAAUUAUAAUAUUUACAAUGUUGGCGAAAGUGCUGCACACAACAUUCACCUGAAAGAUAACAGUUUUCCUGAAGAACACUUUGAUGUGGUAAUUGGAUUCCUCAACAUGAAAUUGGAUAGACUUGGACCAGGUGCAAAUAUAUCUCAUACAGUUGUAUUGCGACCAAAGCAAACAGGGAUAUAUAAUUUCACUGCUGCUGAAGUAACUUAUUAUCCUUCUGAAGACAGCAAAGAAGUUCAGGUUUCUUAUUCUACCGAACCAGGAGAAGCAGUAGUUAUUCAAGCAAAGGACUUUGACAGAAAGUUUUCACCGCACAUGACUGACUGGGCUGCCUUUGCUGUGAUGACACUACCAUCUCUUGGAAUUCCCUUUUUAUUAUUUUACAGAAGCAAAUCUAAAUAUGAAAAUAUUGUAAAACAGAAAAAACAUUAGUACAUUUUGUAAAAUAAAUGUUUUUUUAUAUAUAA